AUGGCUCCAACACAAAGUGGCGUGCGAAAAUUCUUCGACGUGGACCAAAAGACGCGAAAGGCUAAGUGCAAUCUAUGUGGCAAGCAAUACACGUACACUGGUGGCACAACAAAUUUAUGGAAACAUCUUUCUGUACACCAUAAAAUAACACAACAGUCGACAAAAAUAACAUCGUCCACACUGGCGACUGAUUUCAAUAAAACUUCUACGGAUAUUUUAAAUCCGUCUUCAGAUAACAGUGAUACUUCAAAGCUGACGUCAAGAUGUACUUCCGCUGUACCGAAUACGAAUACAUUCACGCAACCAACUUUGGAUAUACUCUUAGCAAAAGGCAAAGCAUUUAAAGAAGGAGGUCAGCGAGCAGCGCAGUUGGAGAGUGCUCUACUUUUCAUGAUCUGCAAGGAUAAUUUAAGUCUUUCUACUCCCGAAAAAGAGGGAUUCAACAAAUUCUGCCAUCUUUUAAAUGCGUUUUGGGUGCCUCCGAGUAGAAAAGUUGUCACAACUCGCCUAGAAACAAUUUACGGGAUUCUCUCAGAUACAGUGAAAACGACUUUUGCAGGCCUACAAUCACUUUGCCUCACCAUGGAUUGUUGGACGGACUCUCAAUCGACCAAUGCUUUCCUUGGAGUCACAGCUCAUUUCCGUAUUGGAGUUGAAAUGCGUUCUGCAACUUUAGGUGUCUGUCAUCUCACGCAGUCACAUACGGCCAUUUAUUUGCAGCAGAAGAUACAGGAAUUUCUUACAUUCUGGCAAAUUGAACUUUCUAAAGUUACAUCGGUUGUCACGGAUAACGGGGCCAAUAUUGUUUUGGCAGUUAAGAAUGUUUUUGGGUCAUCUAAACACAUCGCCUGCUUUGACCACACCCUGAAUCUUAUUCCCUCAAAGACCUUGAGCACAAAACUUCAAAACGGUACUCCUAACGUUCCAGGUCUCCCUGAACUGAUUAGCAAAGUGAAAGCUAUCGCGACUCUUAGCCAUACGAGUGGAAAUUUUUCGGAUGAGAUCAAAAGAAUUCAACGAGAAAAAGGCUUAGCUGAAGGUUCAUUACUGCGGCUUAUACAAGACGUUACCACGAGGUGGGGAUCCACAUUUGCCAUGUGCGACCGAUUUUUGGAGAUGCAAGACAUUAUAUCUGUCGCUGCACUCAAGUUUCCAAAAGUAGUAAUGCUGAGUGGUUCGGAAAUCGCAACUUUGAAAUUCAUCAGAAAUCUUCUAAGGCCAUUUCAUCAGAAAUUAGCAGCAAUGGAAUCACCAAAAGACGAUGAGCUUGCUGACCGAGCUAAAAAUUUCAUAAUUCAGGAAAUGCACAAAAAAAUCGAUAACAUUGAGGGAAGCACAUUCCUGGCCAAGGCUACUCUUUUGGAUCCGAGAUUCAAAAAAAUAGAUUUCAAUAUGAAGAGUGUGCAUGUUUAUAAUGCCGUUGAAAGUUUGAAGCGAGAGAUGACGAGGUUACCGAUAAUAGCGUACAAGUACCCGCAGUUGUACAAAAUAGCUCAAGUGUAUGUUCCAGCUGUUGCAACUUCGGUCCCAGCCGAGCGUUUAUUUUCCCUGGCUGGUCGAAUUUUAGGCGAUGAAACGAACCGACUUACACCUGAGCAUUUCCAACAAAGAAUUUUCCUUGCCGGACUAGGGACGGAAGUUUGGGAGACAACGCUUAAUAUAUAG